AUGUUUUCAUCCUCAUCUUCAUAUUCAUCGCCGACCUUUUAUCCUCCGCCAACAUCAAUGCCCUCUCAUGACAUGAUGUCAUCAAUGUAUUCAUUGGCUCAAGUAGCUAGUAUGUAUUCAUCGUCGCCAUCAUACUCGAAACCUAUUGAACCGGAAUAUUCAGAAUCUCCAUUGGAAUUGACAUCGUAUUCAUCUAAGUCACGGCGGAAAAAGUCUAAUCCUAGACGGAUAAGUGAUCUUCAACAAUCACCUUCACCAAGUAAAUCGUUCAACAAUCAACCACCACAGUUCCCGCAACAGCAAUUAAAUGUUACACCAGUUAAGGUCAACAUGGAACAGCAAAAUGUUCCCAUGGAAAAUUCACCGCAGUUUAUGGCCGAUCAGCCGCUUCCGUUGAAAAGUAUUCCGGCUCAAUCGAUGAUGCUUCAGAAUGUUGCACUCUCAUUGUUGGCUUUAUCAUCGACUCCCGACACUUCGGAUACUUCAUCUCAAGAGAUUCAAGUCUCUGAAUCGGAAAAUAAUCCACCCGCUAAGAAGAAGAAAGCAAACCCGGUGCCAGAUGAAUUAAAGAAUGAUGAAUAUUGGGCUCGGCGAAAAAGAAUAAUGAAUCAGCUCGGAAAAGUCGUGAGGCGAAAAAAGCUCAGGCCAAAUGGAUUGAGAAAAAGAUCGUCGAGUUGCAAGAAGAUUUGA